AUGGAAGCCAGGGGCUGGGCUCCCAGAAGGCAGUUGUGUCCACCUAGGAUCCUGCUGCUGGCUGUUGCUUCUUUGCUAAGCUGCCUACUCACCUGCGGCCAAGCCAAGGUCUACAGUCGCUGUGAGCUGUUCCGAGUGCUCAAGAAUUUCGGCCUGGAGGGAUACCGCGGCCACAGCCUGGCUGACUGGCUUUGUCUUGCUUAUUACACAAGCGGCUUUGAUUCAUCUGCUGUAGACCAUGAAGCUGAUGGAAGCACCAACAAUGGCAUCUUCCAGAUCAACAGUCGGAAGUGGUGCAAAACUCUCAAGGAAUUCAGCAGGAAGGGAUGCAAUAUGUACUGCACCGAGUUAUUGGAUGCUGACCUCAAGAAUGCUGUUAUCUGUGCCAUGAAAAUAAGUCAACAGCCCCAGGGGCUGGGCAGCUGGGAGGCCUGGAAGAAUCACUGCCUGGGCAAGGACCUCAGCGACUGGGUGGACGGCUGUACCUUCUAG